GUCAAGGCUGGCCCGCAAGGGGCGAGCGAUCACGACGAACGAGCUGGUCCAGCCACUGGCCCUGGGACAAGCACGCGAAGGACUGCCGCCCACGCCCGCGCGCCCCGUGCUGGGUGGAGAACGCUACGGGGAGUGGCUUCGCGACCAGAGGACCGAGGUCAUGCUCCAGAAGCUCAGCGAAGGUGCCCGGAAUGGGUACGAAGGCGGGCGGCGCCAGUGGGCGGCCUACCGCUCGGCGCAGGGCAAAGAGCCAUGGCUCCAGGGCCGGGGCAGGGCUGAGAGGUCGCAAGACGAGGGCCUUGAUCGACUUCGAGAUGUGUUGACGCGCGCCGAGGGGACGGUGAAGCACAAGCUAUUUGCCAUCAUGCAG